UGUAUUUCUUCUCCAACCGCCCUCAUCACAAAUCCCAUUCUCUCUCUAAAACAUCCUCUCCGUACCCUCCCCCGUCCUCCCUCUCUCUCUAAAACCAUCAAGCAAUCGUCAUCCAUGAUAUAAAGCGCCAAAGCGGCGUGGAGCUGAUGAAAGAGAUGGAUAUUUGAAUACGAUUCUAUAUCAGGCUUCGGAAAUUUGAAUACGAUCGAAGAAUGGCACACGGAAACUUCGACUGCGACACCGAGCUCUGCCUCACUCCCGGCGGCCGCCAGAGCAGCAACACUGGUUUGAUAAGAAGGUCCAACGCCGGAGACAUCGCCGGCGGCGAACAGCAGCAGGAGAUUACGAUGUUGUAUGGAGGUCAGGCCUGCGUCGGCGAUGUUACUGAAAUACAGGCAAGGGCUAUCAUAUGCAUGGUUAGAAGAGAGAUGAAGGAGAUGAUGGGGAGUAGCAGCGACUCAUCUUCUCUUGCUGGUUCAUCAUGGUCAGCUGCGCUGCCACCUCCAUCAUUUUCAGAGCCAUUGAUAGCAAAUCCGGGGCUCUCGAUGAAGAGAUCUUUGCAAAGAUUUUUGCAGAAGAGGAAAGCUAGGGUUUAUGAUAGCAUUCCUUAUCAGCCUCAGAAGAAAGACAGCAUGUAUUAAGAGGAUAAUUAGCUCUCUCUCUCUCUCUCUCUCUCUCUCUCUCUCUCUCUCUCUCUCUCUUUUAGGUUUCUAAGGUAUUUAUCUUGCAUUUAUACUUUUGUUAAUCUUUAUUAAUAUGUGGUAUUGAUAUUUUAUGGAUUACUUGA